UUGAUACUUAUUUUUGGCUGUAGACUUAAAGCAAAUAAAAAUUAAGGACUUUUCUAAUUUCUUAGUGGUAAGAAUAAUCACGAUUGGUCUCCUGGCUAAGAAAAGAUAUACUCUAACUAUUUAAAAUUUGGAUUUACAAUAGGGUAACUAUAUACGGUAAAGUACACGGUGAAUCUCUGUACAUUUUAUUAUAUUUUUUCCCUAUGCGAAAUGUCGCAAUACGAAGAGAUAGUCUGUACUGGCAUAGCUAGAUAAACCUGGUCUCAUCUUUCACAUAUCCCAUUUAAAUAUUUUCUGGUCUUGGUAAUAUUUCUCACCCUUUCUCACCCACCCUUCGCGUGGACAGGCAGAUAGAAUACGACUGUUACAGUGGAACCUAUAUUAACGUUCAACUCCAUACAUCGGUCACCUCCUGAUAAGCGGCCAGAAAAGAAAAUCCCUGCCAAAUUCAUGGUCAAACUCUUAUAAAAAACCCUCCAUACAUCGGUCACCUCCAAUCAACGGCCACUUUCUAUUGUGCCGAUGUCUAACUUCACCUCUAUUAACGGUCAAAAAAUAUCAUUAUGCAAGCAAACGAAAGGAAAAAUAAAAACAAUUAUUUUUUUUGAAAUUUUGUACCGAGGUCAGUAGUAUGCGAAAGGAUCUUUUUCGUAACUUACUCUAGCCACUUUAACGUUUUCACAUGUCCCCUUGCUUUGAUCAUGAAUCAUUCUUUGAGCCCCUCUCCCGACCAGACAUUUUGACAAAAAAGCAUAUUCAUAUAAAACCUCCAUACAUCGGUCACCUCUAAUGCAACGGCCACUAAGCUGGGUCCCCCAAAGUGGCCGCUAUUAGAGGUUCCACUGUACAAAAGACUAUGCCCUCGUUACUGAUCAAGUUGAAAUCAUUCUUAUCCAUUUCUUUAAAUAAAGGUUAUGCAACCAAUAAAAUCCAUUGCUUUCUGGAUGCCAAUAUUAUCCAAAUUUUUACAGACGAUCGCGUCUUUAAUCGAUCAUUAUAUUGAUUUUCUGCAACAUUCUGUAAGCAAACAUGUGCUUGAGAUUCAAAAAAUUUAAAAUAAGAUGCAUUUAAAAGUUUCCACAAUACAAACAUAAAAAUGGUAGAAAAAGCGAAAACAAACUGAAUAGAAAUUGAAUAAAGCAAUGAGGCAUAAAAAUCAUGCCGAAUUUUUUUUUCACAUUCAGCAUGACUGAGAAACAAACGCUGUGGUUAUUUUUAUUCAGAGGCGUUAAUCCAUUGCAACACGAUGCGUGGCGUGAUUACUGACAACAAUCACAGUGUGCUGUAACACAUACACGAUACUGUCGCUGCAACUUCAUCAUGACAACCUGUCUGUUCAAAUUGAUUUGCAUACUUGCCGUCUUAACCCCGUUGACUGUACAAAAUCGACGACCCAACAGUCAUACACAAUCCAGAAAAUAUUUGCAUGAAAAAGACGAGAUCGCAAAUGACGAGAAAAAACAAAAAGAAGAACUAACAGAAAACGGUCUUCCUGAUUUAAUGUCUUUGUUUGGGACCAAAACAGCAACAGGAACGCAGUAUAAACUAUUUGGAUGCACAUUGGAUGUGGAUAAAGAACAAUGCAAAAUAAAAUUUGUUCCGCAAGACGAAACAUGCCAAGAAAAACUAUCCAUCUCGAGAUUGUUUAACUUUGUGUUUAAGAAGAAAAAGCUGCAGAACAUCACUGGAAGUUAUUUGCCACUGCAGAACUUUCAAAUUGAGCAUUUUCUGGUCGAUAAAUGUGAAGGUGACAUCGAAUUCAGAGCUGUUGCUAAAGAAACGUUUGACAUCGUUAGAGAAAAGUUGAAGGUAAAGAAGGCGAAACUUGAGAUGUCUUUUAACUAUAAGAAGCUGUCAGAAUCAUUCUCUUUUGAUAAUAUUGGAAUUGACAUGAAGGGAGAAAUACUUGUCAUAAAUAAACUCGUUCCAAUUGCGCUUAAUAAGAAACGUGGUUCUCCUGAAGGAAAAUUCUCUGCAAAAAUUGACGAAAUCACGGCAUCUGAUUUUGGCGCCUUAUUCACUAAGAAAGAAAUUGUCGAGGACGAUGCGCCUGAAAACACCAGCAUGCUUACCGACGCUGUCAUUAAAAGUCCAAGUAUUACCGGCAGCAGAGACGUCAACGGUUCUUUCGAGAUCGUCGUUAAAGGCCAGGUCGACGGCAUCAAAGGGUUAGGGCCAAUCACAUUGUUUGUUAUUGUUCAGAAAUUUCAAAGCGAACCGACGGCUGUUGCUAUAGUUGCUGACGUCAAACAAAUCAGUCCAACAAAACUUUUGUCGUCGCUUACUGGCAAGAAACUGAAUGAUAUUCCAAUUAUUAAAUACAUUACUGUCAAUGUUGCCAUUGAGUUUGCCAACAAUGAUAUGAUGUUAUUGAAAGAUGCCGAACUAAACAAACUAUUAGCAAAAUACAUCGCCAAUGCUAAAACGGUUGCCAAGGGUACGAAAAUUAAACUCGACAUUCCCGUCAAAAAGAUAUUAAAGGAAGUCAACAGCGCAGCGUCGUUGAAACACGUGCCGGAUUCAAUGUAUGUUCAAGUUUUCAUCCAUGAAGGGAAAAUUUGUUUUAAGUUUCCUGAUAACGCAACUAUGGAUCUCCUCAACAUCGCCGUCGCGUUAAUCCCUGCCAUCCCUGAUGUUGUUUUCAACAAAAUCCUCAAAUCUUCUCCUAAAGUUCUCAUUAAAAAGUUCGAUGUGAAUGUAGCCACGAAGGAAGUUGACCUGCUCCUAGUCGCACCUGAGCAGGUGGUACUAGGAGAGGAUUUGAUCAAACUCAAGACAGCCGAGUUUGAAUUGAAGCAUAUCCCAGAUGGACCGUGGAAUUUUAGGGUUAAAGCCGAGCAGCAGAUAGGUGAAGCUAUUCUUCAUAUUUUGGUACAAAAGAAAGGGGAAAAUUAUGAAUUUAAUGGUAAGAUAGCUGACUUAUCAAGCAAAGAGCUCAUCAAGCAAUUUGGUGGUGAAGACAUGGACGCAUCGCUGUUGUCUAAGUUGGAAUUUCUUGAUUUUGGCAUCAGAGAUUUACAAGUCAAUGCAAAGUUUGGUGAUAAAUUAAAAUUGCAUGCUAAAGGAAAUCCAAUUCUCUUUGGCUGGGAAGACAUACACUUCGAAGGAUUCAUUUUUGAUACGGAGAAGAAAACUGAUGCUGUGUCUAAAUCACAACAAAGGCAAGAUAUUGAAGAUGGUGUAUUAGAAGAGAAAGCAAAGGAGACUGCAAAACCGGAAGCAAUUAUUCCAGAAAAAUCAAAGUACGAGAGAAAGAUGGCUUUUGGAAUCGUCAUGAAGAACAUCCGACUGGACGAUAUAGUUUUGAAACUGUUUAAUAAAACUAUAUUGAGGAGAAAUUGGUUGUCGAAUCUGCGUGCAAGUUUCACCAUCUCCAACACAAAGGCAACGAAAGAGAUUGAUUUCACUUAUUCGGAACUGAAGAAUGUUUUGAAAGUGAGAAAAGGAAUAUAUUUCACCACCGAACUGACCAUACCGGAAGACUGUAAAGGCGACGCGUUAUGCGAGGUAGCGAGGGAAAAGAUGUUACCAGGAACUAAGUUAUAUCUAGAAGGUGAUGUAAACACUUGGGGGAUGGAACUACGUGCGGGAUACAGAGGUGGUGGUUUACAAUUGGGUGAUAAUAUUGUAUUACAUAAAGCACAUAUAGUGAUCAAAAUUGCGGUGGUAACAGAGGUGUAUAUUGAAGGAGAAUUGAAAAUAAAAGACCCACCAUUAAUUUUUAAAGGCAAGCUAGCUGUGGGAGUCACAGGUCGUGUGGAACUAACCUUAUCCAUGCUGGGAAUGUGGAAACGUCCAUUUGGUUUAAAGUUUGUCGCAUUUGGUAACAUCGAAGCAUCAGUUGGAAUAUUACCCACAGUACCCGUACCAAAACUAGGUUUGUCUGCAGAAGUACAUGUUGGCAAGAUCGGUAGUGGUAAUGAAAUUAAAGUAAAAAGUGCAAUCGGAUUCCACCCGGGCAAUCCUCUAGAUAAUUUCUUCUACGCAGAAAUCAAACGGAUUACUUUAUCGGAACUGUUCAGUGCAUUCGGAUUCAACUUAGCAUUACCUAAAGCUGUUCUGGAUUCUGGAUUUCCAGAAGGACUAGUCGUUGCAUUUUCAACAAAUCCAAGAGGAAAAGAAAUCAAACAUUUAAAUCAGAAAAUCGGGAUGGGUUUUCUUCUACGUGGUAAGGUCAAAAUUCUUGGAAUAGAAUUGGGCUGCAACGUUCAUGUCAAUUUUCCACGAGAGAUAAAAGUAGCUGCAGAUAUGUCACCAAUAAAGAUUGGAAAAGGAUUGAUCAAACUCCAACGAUCUAAAAAAGAUGGAGAAAAUGGACCGAAGCUUUAUGUCAUUGUAUCUCUGAAAGAGGUAGCGGUAAGGAUACAAGGCUAUGUUCAAGUUCUAAGUAUCGCAGCUGAAGCAUCGAUUGACAUAUCAAACAAAGGUAUAUUCCUUUAUAUCUAUGGCAAUCUGUUCAACCUAAUAGAAGCUAACGUUACCAUAUCAGCACCAUAUGGAAAUGGCGAGAUAUCAGAAUCACAGUUCAUGGUAGGCGCUUGCCUUUCGACAACCAUUGCUGACAUCACGUUAAAAUCAAAGAAUAUAGUUACCCAUGCUGCAGAAUCAACAGAGGAAGCAAUUUCGAAGACUACAAAAGAAGCUGAGAAGGCAGAUACUUGGUACGAUGCAGCGCAUGGUAAACUAGAAAAGUGGUCUGCAGCUAUGGAGGAGAAACAAGCUGCAGUGCAAAGGAAAUCAAAUAAAUUGGAAGUUAUUGAAGACGUAUUGGAUGAUGAUUGUGUGGACAAGUGCGAUGAUGUGUGCCUGGGUGGUCCAACUGUUAUUGAAGAUUGCGGAACAAAAUUUGGAAUAACUUAUCCUUGUGUUGAAUGGGAUGACUGCAAGACAAUGGUAGAAGACCCAGUCUGUCUUGCUAAAUGCGCAGGUGAUGAAAUUUAUCUGGAAGGGAAAGCAAUGAAGAAGAAAGUGACCAUACAAAUUUUAAUAAGCGCGAUUGAGGUGAUCCAAAAAAUCCUAGAACUUGCAAAAGGUUUUGUGGAAAGAUCAAAAGUUUUAAUUGACACAACUGAAAAAGCAGCCUCCCAAGUGGAAAAAGCGGCAGCGGCCGGUAAGAAAGCCAUGUAUGCAAUCGCAAAAUACACCAAGGAAAAUCUCAUCGAUAUUCAUCACAUAUGCUUUAACACGACGCUGGAAAAAGCUGAAUCAGCAUGUUUUGGAAUUUCGGUUAACGUAACUUUGGGAGGAAGGAAAAAUGUUGUGCUUGACACAGAUGCGUGUCUCGAUGUCAGCUUUGUUAAAAACAUUGGUAGCGCAAUCACAGAAGAAUUGUUUCCAGGUAUACAGGAUAUCAAAACCAGGCUGGACAAAGCUAAGGAUUAUUUUGAAAAAGCAAAGGAACGGAAAGAAGAUUUAAAAGAAUAUUCUAAAGAAAGUGAAGAAAAGGAGAAGGAGCUAGAAGGAAGAAUACAAGAAGUAGAAGAAGAAGACGAGGAAGAAGAAAAAGAUGAAGAAGUCUUGAAAAAGGAAAGCAUUCAUAAAUUUGACAGACGAAGCAGAAGUAUGGCGUACAUACGCCGUCAGGCGUACACAGACCUACCACCUGUUCUCAUCCAUGACGAUUUGACCAUGGAUGCUUUUGACACGAGAUCACCGUGGGCAUUUUCACAAAAUGACUCACCAUUCACAUCGCGCAGAAAUUCAAUCCGGGUGCAGAAUAAGACGCAAGUCAGUCACAGUUUAAAGGAAACAGUUCCUCUAGAUUUUGAUUCGUUGGAAGAUCCCGAAGAUGAAGACGAUUGUAUCAAAUCAAAAAAAGUGAUGGGUGUAUACUCGACGAUAGCUGAGACAGUUGGACUGUUUGCUGACAAAUUUAAGGAAGAAAAGGAGAAAUACUUACUUGAAGCCAGUCGUUAUGUAAAGCGGAUUAAUAACGUGGAGAGAGGCUUCCUUGAAAAAUGUAGACAGAGCAAUGUAAGCGAGGACCGAAUCAAUGAUGCAAUGCUCUUCAUGCACAAGACGAGAAAUGGAACAGCCAAGUGGAUGCGAACAGUGGAUGGUCAACUUCGACAACAAGACGAGCAACUUCUGAAAAUGUGGAGGAAAACUUUCAAUGAGAUCGUCAAAGCGAACAAAAAUAUCGACAUGAAAACAUUUAUGGAAUCCCUCCAAAAAGUGUCAACAAAACUGGCGAAACGGCACUCCAUACCACGUAAAAGCAACGCAGUCAAUAACAAAAUGGCUGCUGUAUCACAGAUUACUCGCGAUCUAUUAUCUGGACCGUACGCACCUCUGAGUUCAAAACUUGCCUCGAUUGACCAGCUUCAAAGAGACGUUGGUAUUUUACGGAAAGCGAUGGGUGCUUCAUGUGCGGCUGCGUAACAAAAAAGUUUGACGGUUAAAAGCAUGUGCGAAUGGAAAAAAAAUCUUCCAAUUUUAAAAGCCACAUCUGGUCAAGCAAAAAUAGAAUUUAUAUUUCAUUUUUAGGGGUUAUUGUUGGAUUAUUAAAACAUAUUUAUUUUGUAUAAAAUCAUGUUAGCAUGGAAUCCUUUUUAAAAGGACCCGUGAAAGAGAAUUGCAUUUGUAGCGCAAUUUACUUAGAGUGUAUGUUUUAGUACUACUAUUUUUAUAACAUUUGUGAUUACAUAGUGUGAUUUUUAGUCCCCAUAUUCAAUUGAAUUUGCGCAUUUUGCAUAUCAGAAACACUUCAUUUGGGUCGAAUUCUGAACAGGGAUAAUGAGACCGUUACCGGGGCAAAUUGACGAAAUUUUCGUCCAGUGACCAUUUUUUCGAUAAAAAGAACUGUAACCCAAUUUUUGCUG